AUGAUACUAAACGUAGUGGUAUUAUUGACAGUUAUUAAAAGUGGUUUUUGUGUUUUGCUUGAGGAUAUUUAUGAUCCUUUUACACUGUUUUGGUGGUCCAAUGGGCCUUACAAUGUAAACACUAGGUGCUUAAUACCAUCCAAUAAUGGCGAUAUAGUAGGGGAGUGCACCACUACAGCAAAAUGUUUCUUGUAUGGAGGAACUGUAUCUGGUGGAUGUGGAAUAGGAAGAAGUUGCUGCAGAUACGCUCAGGAAAACAAACAGUGCAAGGUUAAAACAAAUCAUGGAAUCGAAGUAACUGGUACAUGUUUGGGGGAGGGAGAUUGCCAAAGAUCUGGUGGGGCAUCCCAUGGAAAAUGUGGUGGAUUAUUUCAAAAAUGCUGCGUUUAUGACAAUACUUGUGGUAAAAUAACAACAGCAAAGGUUUCGUAUUUUGAUGGAAACUAUUUGCAAACGCAGGAUCAAACCACUUCUUGCACAUAUACAAUUUUUUUGAAUAAUCCCAACAUAUGCCAAGUCAGAUUGGAUUUUGAAACCUUUCACUUAGCACCUCCUGAAACUAGCGCAAGUCUUGGCACUAAAUGUGUUACGGAUACUUUUAAUGUGGAACCAAGUAACUAUGGAAUUCCUACACUAUGUGGAACUAAUGAUAAUCAGCAUGUAUACGUUCAUCUUCAACCUGGCGACGAGAAGGUAACAUUAAACAUGAAAUUAAGUAGAAGAACUUUAGACAAUACACUAAUAGGACCCCAUUGGAGGAUAAAAGCUACUCAGUUGCAAUGUUCCGGGGACAAGAAAAAGGACGACUCGUCUCAAUUUGAUUAUCCUUUAUUGGCUCCACGUGGAACCAUUCAAUAUUAUACUGACACCAUUGGAACAAUCAAGUCAUUUGGAUACGGGCAUUCUUAUACGACUGGGGAGCAUUAUUCCAUUGCAAUUAAAAAGGAUCCUGGAUACUGCCUUGCAAAAUUUUCGUUCAUUACUGUAAAUAUGUUACAAGACGAAGCUGGCACGGGUGAUAAGCAAUGCAUUGAUUAUUUAAAUGUUCCCGAUUUUUUCUCUAAAACACUAGUAGAUAAUGCUGCCAAGGUUUGUACGCAGGAUGAUUUCUAUUCUUUGGUUCCUGGACCUCUAUCCCUGACGUUUUCUUCAGCAUCAGUGGCUCAAGCGAAUACAGAGAACGUUGAAGCUGAAGUUUACAAUUUUAAGUUGAAGUACGAAUUACAAGGAACGUGUGAUGAAGCUAAAUUGUAGGGUCGAAUAUUUAUUUUAUUUAUUGUAAAUUAUUAUUAAAUAGUUAAUUAAGG